ACAACCAUGCGUCUCGGGCGGUUGUUUCGGGUGCACGGCGAGUUCUGUGCGUCCCACCCGUGGGAGGUGAUCGUGGCGUUGGUCACCGUGACGGCUUGCAUCCUGUCGCUCGAGAAGGGCAGCGGCGACGCGGCCGGCAGCCACCAGCAGGCCGCCGCCGACGGGGGCGCCCGGAUGCACCCGUCGGUGUGCCCGAGCUGGCGCUACGGCGGCCGGACGGUCGGCGAUGGGUUGCUGCACUGCGAGGAAACGGACCAGAACAUCAUCGACAUCAUCCUGAUGAUGGUUGUCCGCGGGUCGGCCAUCCUCUACGUUUACUACCACUUCUGCAACCUGCAGAAGCUCGGUUCAAAGUACAUCCUAGGUAUCGCUGGCCUUUUCACGGUGUUCUCCAGCUUCAUCUUCACAUCGACCGUGCUCAACUUCCUCGGGUGUGAAGUUUCCGAUCUGAAAGAUGCGCUGUUCCUGUUCCUGCUGCUGAUCGACCUGUCGAAGGCCGGUAUUCUGGCCCAGCUGGCGCUGUGCGGCGCCAACCAGUCGGAGGUGACGAGGAACAUCGCCCGCGGCAUGGAGGUCCUCGGGCCGGCCCUCUCGCUCGAUACGCUCGUCGAGACGCUGGUGAUCGGCGUGGGGACACUGUCCGGGGUGCAGCGGCUCGAGCUGCUCAGUGGCUUCGCGGUGCUGUCGGCCCUGGUCAACUACGUCGUCUUCAUGACCUUCUACCCGGCCUGCCUGUCGCUCAUCCUGGACCUCACGCACAACGGUGCCGGCAACCGGGUGCAGAAGUGCGGCGGCGAGAACCUGAUCCGGCGCGUCCUGUUCGAGGAGGACCACAAGCCGAACCCGGUGGUGCAGCGCGUCAAGCUGAUCAUGUCGAGUGGACUGUUCGUGGUGCACGUCAUGAGCCGGUACGCCAUCCCGGACCGGGAGUCCGAUACGGCCGACCACAUCAUCGCCUCGCACGCCCACGAACACCUGGCCGCCCUCAACAAGACGGAGACGAACGAAAUCUCCGAGUUUAUCAUGCGUUGGCUUUCGAUCAGCUUGGAACAGAUCGUCACCUACAUCCUGAUCAUUACACUCGGCGUUAAGUUUGUGCUGUUUGACCGUCACCAGCUGUCGGAUCAUCUGAUCAUGUCGGUGGCCAAUGAACAGGCCGCGGUUGCGGCCGCUGCUGCCGCGGCCGCUGCAGCGGCUGCCGCCGCCGAUCGGCGCAAGGAAAGCCUUCACGGGCAGCUGACGGCGGCGAGUGCCGUCAGCGGGGUCGCUCCCGUCACCUUCACGCUGGCCGAAUCGGUGAUGCUCGAGGAGAAGGCCACGCAGAGCGAGCUGAGCCUGAUUGGGAAACCGGAACGCUUCGUGCGCAAGGUGCGCAAGCAGGCGCUCGUCGAAUCGGAUCUUUCCACCACGGAGGACGACGACGAUGAUGGCGAAGAAGCGGAACUGCUCGAAGAGGACGACAUGGAACGGGAGCCACGGCCGCUCGAGGAGUGCGUCCGGAUGCUGCAGGAAGAAGGCGGCGGCAAGGCACUGACGGACGCCGAGCUGGAGAUGGUGGUCCGGGCGGGCCGUGGCAUUUGUCCGCUGUACAAGAUCGAAACGAUCAUCGGCGACUCGGAGCGAGGCGUCCGGUUGCGGCGCAACAUCAUGCUGAAGGAUGCGGGCCGGUCGGCGGGCACACUGAACGAUCUGCCGUACCUGAACUACGACUACUCGAAGGUGAUGAAUGCGUGCUGCGAGAACGUGCUCGGCUACGUGCCGAUUCCGGUCGGUUACGCUGGGCCGCUGCUGCUCGACGGCCAGCGGUACUAUGUGCCGAUGGCGACGACCGAGGGUGCGCUCGUGGCCAGCACCAACCGUGGCUGCAAGGCCAUCUCCACGAGCGGUGUCACGAGCUUCGUCGAGGACAUUGGCAUGACGCGGGCACCCUGCGUGCGCUUCCCGAACGUGCUGCUGGCGGCACAGGCCAAGCGCUGGAUGGAGUCGGACGACAACUUCAAGCGCAUCAAGAAAUCGUUCGAUUCUACCAGCCGCUACGCGCGCCUCCAGGACCUGCACAUCGCGAUCGACGGCCCGGUGCUAUACAUCCGGUUCCGAGCAUUCACCGGGGACGCGAUGGGUAUGAAUAUGCUUUCGAAGGGCACGGAGCGGGCCCUGCGCGACAUCCAGGCCAUGUUCCCCGAGAUGGUCAUCAUCUCGCUCAGUGGCAACUUUUGCUCGGACAAAAAGCCGGCCGCCAUCAACUGGAUCAAGGGGCGCGGGAAGCGCGUCGUGUGCGAAUCCAUCAUUCCCGCCGACAAGCUGGAGACGAUCUUCAAGACGAACGCGCGCACCCUGGUCCAGUGUAACAAGCUGAAAAACAUGACCGGCUCCGCGAUCGCCGGCAGCAUAGGGGGUAACAAUGCGCACGCGGCCAACAUGGUGACCGCCAUCUACAUCGCGACCGGUCAGGAUCCGGCCCAGAACGUGACGAGCAGCAACUGUUCGACGAACAUGGAGACGUGCGGCGAAACCGGCGAGGACCUGUACGUGACCUGCACGAUGCCAUCGCUGGAGGUGGGCACCCUCGGCGGUGGAACCGGCCUCCCCGGGCAGGGUGCCUGCCUGGACAUGCUGGGUGUUCGCGGUUCGCACCCCACGCACCCAGCCGAAAACGCCAAGCAGCUGGCGCGCAUCAUAUGCGCCACGGUGAUGGCCGGAGAGCUGAGCCUACUGGCGGCCCUCGUUACUAGCGAUCUAGUCAAAAGCCAUAUGCGACACAACAGAUCAUCGGUAGCCGUCAAUCCAAACGUUAUUCCACCGGCGAUAACGGUUAACGGCGGUCUGGCAAACCCCCCAUCCGCCAGCAACCACCACUAGGCUCGGUUGGCCUAGGAUGUGUGCGAUCGUUUGUGUGCAACCUUACGUUCUGUGGGCAGCACAAGACUGUCUCCUGAUCCUGAUCAUGACUGCUGUGCACGCGCACUGCUUCACAUACUGCCGCUCGCCAUCCCGAAAAAAAAGAGAGAAAAGAAAGUGUCAGUCACGGAUAAUAACGGAUGGAUGACGGGUCACUUGACGAGGAAGGUGCGUUUGUAAUUUAUUUCUCCCGCCAUCGGAGCGCUGGGGAUAGCAAAAAAAUUAACGUAGGAAUGGCAUCGCGUUGACCACCACACCAGCGUCGUCGACCGAAAGGGACGAUGGCUAGAACGUACGACGAUAACUUGCCGAUUACUUAUCGAGUAUCAACCAGUUGGUCUGCAUGGUCGCCCGGAGGGCAUAUCUACACACGUGUGUGUGUGUGUCUGGCAAGCGCAAUGUAUGAAGGGGAGCGGGGAAAAUGCCACAAGAAGAAGGGUUACAACACACACACACCGUAGUCGAAUGAAUGAAAGUAUCUUUUCGUUUUUGUAAAUAGUAUUCAUUUGAGUUCGAUUUCGCUUCUGGAGGGAACUAGAGACACAGAGAGAGAGAGAGAGAGAAAGAGAGUGAGAGUGAGAGUGAGAGUGAGAGUGAGAGUAUCAAGGGGGGGGGAACGGAAAACCAUAUUAACCUCUUCCUGAAGUCCUGAAUUCCUUCUCACACCAGAACCCGUUACACCUAUCCUCUUUCUGUUCUCGAAUCACGGUACACCUUACGGUUGGCCGACCGAAAGGGCUAGGAAAGCAAGGGGAUAAGCGCAAUAUGCAAGCAUUGUAUCAUAAGCUUAAACAUAAUAAAAACACUAUG